UUGAUGUUGAAGUUGACAGUCCCGUGACAGGGCCCAGACUUGCCCGAGCCCUAACGCGAGCCCUAACUUAAUUCUAGGCCUGGCUGACUAACCCACUUGGGCUUGGAGCCGAUGGCAGCCGCCAAGCCGCUAAAAAAAGUUUGUUUAGCCCACCAACAACUAACCCAGCCGCAGACAUUCGCCGCCCGCCAGUCGUCGCCAUUCAACCUCAUCCCAUCUGAUAUCUUCGUCCUUGUGCUGUUUCUCUUGGUUCCACCACUUAUACACCCUUUCAAUCAGCCCAUUCUGUGGCCCUAUACUGCCUGAUAUCUGAACCUAUCUGUUUUCUGCCCUUCUAAUCUUUGUGUGUGUAUUAUACCUCCCCCAUUGCUUGAAUCACAGCUGGGUAUCGCAUCUGCGCACUCAUCUCGAUCAUCUGUGAGACGGCCAGCCAAACAGCAAAGCCCGUCUCUUCCUCUCCCGCAUCCUUCAAUCCAGCGACCCUGGAGUCACUGAACUCCUCUUCUUCACCUACAGUCAAGUUGGCGGGGCUCAACUACUCCAAGUUCUCCUUCAUCCACCCACUGCUGGGCCCAAAGUUCCGGGUCUUCUCUGGGGGCGACAUUCGGCCUCCAUAACUAGCCUUUCACCAUAGCAAGAACCUUUCAUUCUAAAUAUAUAUAUAUAUAUAUAUCCCUAUAUACAUAUAUAUAUCUAUCAAGGGCUGUAGAAGCCUAACACGGAGCAAGCAAGCCCUAUCGCCCGUGGGCUGGGCUGGAGGAAAAUUGGGACACCCAUACCUUCGUGUGUCCACACCCGCGGCAUCCUUUCAGUUGUGGCCUAGUCAACGCGCAGUGGGUCGCUUCCGGGCGUCUCACCUCUAUAACGAAUUCCGCACAUCGCGCGAGCGUCUUUUCCGGGAAGGGAAGAGGAUUUUACAAAAAAAACAAAAAAAAGGAGGAUAAUCAACAAAUCUGGCUCGUUCAAUAAUCAAAAGGGUCGAUCCACUCAUUCGCCAUGAGUGAAUCACCAAGAUCGGAGAAGUGCCAGACCCGGUUCAGCACUCCUGCCCCAGAGCUUGAUGAUCAUCGUUUCCAGCCCGAGUCUCUCCCUAGGGCGGAUACGGUGGGCGAAAAUGUGCUGAGCUGGCAGGAAAAGUUAUUGCAGGCGCGCCAGGCACAGGAAGCGGGAAGCCCAGCUUCCCGCCGUGCGAAUGAUACUUUGCAUCCCGAAGUGGGGAUGAUAUCGAGAGAUUUUGAGAACGCUAUUAUCGAUGAUGAGCUUGGUGGCCCGGGUGACAUGCGUUCCCCUGCAAGCCCGCUCACAGCGAUGCGACCGAGUCUCCACAGUCGUAGCUUCACUGUGCAUGACCGCCCGACUCGUUCUCGAGCCUCGUCAGCAUCAAGUCAGUCGACCUCCCCACCAAAUUCUGUCGAGGCGUUUGCCGAGCCGCGUCGCCGUGAACGCGCCAACACGAUGGAGAGCCAUGCGCCGUUGGACUUGGACAUCGCUCUCCAGAGGACCAUGUCCUCCGGUACCAAUAAGCGCCGCGGUACCUUCAGCAAUGCGAGCGCCAUUGGUGUGGACGCCGUGGACCCCAGAGCAGGACUCAGCGAAGAGGCGGAUGUGUGCUUCCCCGCGUACGAUGAGCCCGGAAAGACAUCAAUCAUCGACUUCGAGGAGUUGGAGGAAUUUGUUGCUCUGAGCAAAAAGGCUGGCCCUGUCCUGGCCCGCAAAGUUAGCGUCACUUCGCAGAGGAAGCCUCGCGUCUUCCACGAUCUGAGGCCCGGGUCGGAGGCGAGGGAUAUCCCCAAGAUUGUCAUGCGACCUUCGACCCCUGAAAACGAUUCUUCUGUAUCCACAGACACUGCCGCUGGUCUCACAAAGCAUAUUAGCCACGCUGCGGAUGAAAAGGAAGUUAAGAAUCUCCAUAAUGAGAACGAGCGCAAUCGUUUCAGCUUCUUUUCGUCCGAGUACCAGAACACCGUCCACGCCUGUGAACUGGGCGGCCUGGUGCUUGAAGGGGAGACUUUCCGUGACCUGUUCCAUCUAGGCCCUGAAGGGGGUGUAUGGUGGCUCGAUGUCCUCGACCCGACCAAUGACGAAGUAGGAGCUAUUUCGCGAGCCUUCUCCAUCCACCCUUUGACUGCAGAGGAUAUCAUGAUGCAGGAAGCUCGCGAGAAAGUAGAAUUGUUCAAGCAGUAUUACUUCGUUUGUUUCCGAAGCUUCUACCAGCUCGAUAAACUCAGUGAAGACUUCCUGGAGCCAAUCAACGUUUACAUGGUCGUUUUCCGCGAGGGAAUCAUCUCCUUCACAUACACGGAGAAUCCGCAUGCGGCCAAUGUCCGGAAGAGAAUUUCGAAGUUGCGCGACUACGUGUCUCUCAGCAGUGACUGGGUUUGCUACGCAAUGAUUGACGACAUCGUGGACAGCUUCGGCCCCGUCAUCCGCGACGUCGAGAUUGAAUCAGAAGCAAUAGAAGACCAAGUCUUCAUCGCCCGCGUCGAGGACUUCAACGCCUUCCUCCCCCAAAUCGGCGGCCUGCGCAAGAAAGUCAUGAGUCUCAUGCGCCUCCUCGGCGGCAAGGCCGACGUCAUCAAGGGCUUCUCCAAGCGCUGCAACGAACAGUACUCCGUGACACCCCGGGGAGACAUCGGCCUCUAUCUCGGCGAUAUCCAAGACCACGUGGUAACCAUGAUGUCCAACCUGGGCCACUUUGAGAAAAUGCUCAGCCGCUCGCACACCAAUUACCUCGCGCAGCUGAGCGUGACGAAUCUCAUGCUAGGAAACCGGGUGAAUAAGGUGCUGAGCAAGAUUACGUUCCUGGCGACGAUCCUGGUGCCGCUCAAUUUGAUUUGUGGGUUGUUUGGGAUGAACGUUACUGUUCCUGGACAGACGAGUGAAGGGUUGGAGUGGUUCUUUGGAAUUUUGGGAGUCAUUGGGGCGAUUGUUGUCUUCAGCUUGGUGAUUGCGCGUCGCUAUAAGCUUCUAUAAGCUAGUCUAUUCUCGGUUUUUUUGUUUUUUUUUUUUUUUUUUUUUUUUUUUUUUUUUUCUUAUUCUUAUACUUUUUUAUUGUCUGUUGUAUUCGUAGUUGUGGGUGGAAUUUAGAUGAAAGCACAAGUUUUUCUGGUUUUUAUUUUUCAUUUUCUUUGUUGCUUACCUUGAGCUAUCCUUUUGCUGUCUAUUUAUGUUCUAGAGUUCAUUAACAAAAAAUAAAUAUUGUACAUAGUAUUGAUUCUUGCUGCUCUUUUCUCGUUGUAUAUAUCAUACAUAAUGCCUGUAGCAAUACAUUUUGCAUUCAUAUCUAUAUUAAUGUAAGAGUCCUUACAUCCUAAGAUGAAUUAAAAAGAAUUUCCCC